AUGAAAGCUCCGACUGAAAACGAUUAUUCCGUCACCUUUGACAACAGGGUUGGCGGAACACCCAUCAACCACGAUGAAACUACCCCUUACACCGUUUCUGAGCAUACUCUGUGGGCUCCUCGCAAGUUGAGAGUUGCCUGCAUAGGAGCAGGCGCAUCAGGUAUUAUGAUGUGCUAUAAAAAAGAGAAAGAGUUUGGAGACUCGAUCGACCUGAUUGUUUAUGAGAGAUAUCCCAAACCCGGUGGUGUCUGGUACGCCAACAAAUACCCAGGCUGUCGUUGCGAUGUUCCCUCUCCAGCCUAUCAGUACCACUUCGCCCCCAAGUCGAAUUGGUCGAGGUAUUACUCUCCAGCCGCCGAGAUACAAUCAUACUAUGAAGAAUUCGCCACUGAGAAUGGUUACGUGGACAAAUACAUCAAGCUGUCGCAUCGAGUUGACAAGGCCGCCUGGGAUGAGGCAACUGGCCAGUGGAUCUUGACCAUCUCUCAAACCAACGAGUCCAACGAGGAGAGCACGUUUGAAGACCGAGCCGACUUCUUGAUCGCCAACACUGGUGUCUUGAACACAUGGAAGUGGCCCGACAUCCCCAACCGCGAGGCCUAUCAGGGAAAAAUCACUCAUUCGGCCGAUUAUGACACCAGCCUCGAUUUGAAGGAAAAGACCGUCAUUGUCAUCGGUUCUGGUGCUUCUGCGAUCCAGAUUGUACCAGCCAUUAGGCCGACAGUGAAGAAGUUGAUCUCGUUCUACCGCACACCCCAGUGGAUUGGUCCUGGCCUCGCGAUGGAUGGGUUCACGGACUCCGAAGGACGCAACUUUGACUACACAGAGGAGCAGAAGGACAGUUUCGCAAAGGACCCUCAGGCAUACCUGGCUCACCGAAAGGAGAUAGAGACAAAGAUUAACACCAGCUUCCGUAACAACAUUGCAAACCAUCCCCACCAAAAGCUAGGUCGCGAGUUCGUCACUCAACGGAUGAAGAAAAUUCUGAAAAAUGACAAAUGGCUCGUCCAACGGCUUAUUCCAACGUUCCCAAUGGGUUGCCGUCGACUCGGCCCGGUCGAUGGCUUUCUAGAGGCUUUCUUGGAAGACAACGUAGAACUAGCCGAGGGUGCAAUCGAGUCCUUCACCAAGGACGGCCUGCGGACCACCGAUGGAACAGAGUACAAGGCCGAUGUUAUCAUCUGCGCCACUGGAUUUGACGUGAGCUUCAAGCCAGUUUUCCCAGUUAUUGGUCGGAACAACGUCUCGCUCGGUGAGGCUUGGAAGGAUGAUCCGUCGGCUUACCUUGCGGUCGCUGCGAGCGGCUUUCCCAAUUUCUUGAUUGGGUCUCUUGGGCCAAACUGCCCAGCCGGACAUGGAUCUUUCAUCACAGUCUUGGAGGCUGCACAGAAUUACGUGUGCAAGAUCAUCAGAAAGAUCCAAACCGAGAAUAUCCUGGCCAUGGACGUCAAGCCCGAGGCCGUUGCCGAGUACAACGAGCAUGUGCACAAGUGGCUGGAGAGAACGGUCUGGGCAGCUGGUUGCAGCUCCUGGUAUAACCAAGGUCGCCCAGGCGGCAAGAUUACAGCUCAAUAUCCAGGGUCCUUGGUCCACUGGCGCUUGCUGCUCGAGCAUCCUCGGUUUGAAGACUACAACAUCCGCUAUCGUACACGCAACAGGUUCGAGUUUAUGGGCAACGGCUUCACACUGCUAGAGGUAGAUGGGCAGGACGUUGCAUGGUAUCUAGAUUUGGAGCACAUUCAAAAGCCAUUGUUUACUUACUAG